CAUCACUGUAGACCGGCGGUACAACGAGCACCUUCUCCGCGCCACCCAGCUCCUGACACGAUACUCCAACCAGGAAAACGCAGAACAUGGCGGACAGGACUUCUGGAGCAUGCUGAGUGACCAUGACCUCUCCUAUCGUAACAUCAUCGCCCUGGCCUUCUACUGUAUUUAUACAGGUCAACAGAGAGUAGCCAGUGCAGUGGAAAAGGAGGCAGCCUGUCUGGCCACAAGUCUGUACUUCAACCUGUUACAGGUGCCAGGUAGUGGUGCAUAUGGUACAUUCCAUGCUGUGUUGUUUGAGAAGGCCAUGAAUGUACUGAAGCAGUGGCCCCAGUCUGGAGGGAACAAACGCAAACAUAGGAACGACGGCGCAGAGGCAGGGAAGAAACCAUCCAAGGCUCCCAGGAGGGGGGGUCAGGCCCAGGGCAGGGAGGAGGACAUGGAGCAGGAGGGAGACAGAGAUGGGGAGAACGAGGAUGAGGAUGACAGUGAUGGGGAGGAGGUGGUCCUGUCAGCGCAGGAGACGGCCAGAGUCAAACAGCUGCUGAUUGGCUGUCUGAAGGACCUGAUCCGCCUCCUCAACUGUGGACACUUCUCACUCAAGGAGCGCCAGGAGACUACCCAGCAUGCACUGGAGACCCUGGUGUCCCUGACCAGAGUAGAGCUGACCCAUGAGGACCUGACCUACAGUACCAAUGUGACCCUGGCCCAUGUGUCGUCCCUCACACAGCUGGCUUAUAUGGCUCUCAGUAUUCUCUCCAGCGGAGCACACGGAGAGGUUGUUACUGUAGUGACCAGGUUGUUCCGUCAGCUGCUGCCCAGUGUGCUGAUGAUGGGGGAGGGGGGCAGUGUGGCUGCCAGCGCUAUCCCACAGGCCCUGCAAGUCAUCAGUUCACAGGCUGUAGGCUAUGCCUGUCACCUGGCGAGGCAGGGUGGUGAGACAGUACUGCCUGUGUACCGGAUACUCCUGCAACACUCCUGCUACAGGGUACCUGACAAGGCUGAAUACAGAACACGGGUGUCCCAGAGCGUGGUGAAAAUGUUACAGGUCCUGCCCACGCCAGCAUAUGCCAGCUUCCUGAAAUGGCUUUAUGGAUUUUCCAGGUCGGACAAGACCGGCCACCGUAUAAUUGGCCUGGACAUGGCGGUCGCCUUGCUUGGGGAGCCGGAGCGUGAGAUAGAAGAUAACGUCCAGGAUGACCACCUCAUCUUUCUCACCCGCAUGUUUCUGUUGGAGAAGAUGAUCAUUGCCAGGUGCUCAGAUGUAGCGGCCAAUGUCCGUGGGCGCGCCCUGAGCUGCCUGUCCCAGUGUAUCUCCUCAGACAACCCCAGCAUCGUGCUGCUGUUCCAGGAGUUCCUGGCCUCGUCCCUCACCAAAACACCCGGGACUCAGCGAUCCAACACUCCACUCAUGGGGAGUUCAACUCCACUGACCCCCUUAGGGUUGACCCCCUCCCCUGGUGCCAGGACCCCCCAGGGGGAGUCCCCUGCCCCUAGGGAUGUGUCCUUUGGGAGAAACGUAGCCGGCGGGACCUUGUUUUCCAUGCUGGGGGAGCGACUCAAUGAUGAGAAAGUUGGAGUACGAAAGGCAGCUCUUCAGGCGUUUGAAAGCCUGGUGUCGAUCAGUCCGACCCCUCCAUCGGUGAAGGAGGUUGAGACGAUCUACAAGCGCUGCAUGGACGUGUCGCUGUCAGUACGGAAGCAGGCGCUGCAGUCGCUCACCACGGUACUGCACAAGAACCCCGCCCUCCCGCAUGUCCACAAACUCUGGCUGGAGGGGGUGGUGCCCGCCGUCCUGGACAGGGAGACUUCCUGCUCCGAGAAAAGUCUGGAGCUGCUUGAGGACACCAUCCUGGAACAGAUUGAGGACGUCAGAAAAUCCCAGAACGAAAACUGUGACCUUGCCUGGAACUUGCUCAAGGUCAUAGCUGGUAUUGAGGGGCAGGAGUUGAGACGUUACCUGGGGAAGGCCUGUAACAUCUGGUCCCGUCAGGGGAAGCUGACCCCCAGGCUUGUGAAGGCUCUCAGCACUCAUGUCAGCUCUGACCAUACAGAGGCUGCUUGGAUGAUGCUAGCUUUGGUUGCCAAGUACUGCCCCAAGAUGGACUACUCCAUGGUGCUGGACAACUGGCAGGGUUACCGUGACGGGCGCGGUGUCUUCAGCAAGGACACGGUGUCCUCCAUACUACAGGUCAUGGGCAGCAUAGCAGGCAACAUCCCCAAGGACAGAAUCAACGAAAUCAUGGCUGACUUGAAGAAACUGCUCCGAGCAUACGCCUGUGAUCCUGUCAUGAUCAAGGACCUGGUCCUGACCUUGGAGAAACUGACUAAGGGCUGCUCUAAGGACGCAGAGGAGGCCAAGGUCAUGAUAGAUGAGUGGGCCACUGAACUCCUGAAACGCUCCGAGGAUUACCUGUCUAGCCUGGUGCUGAAUGAGGAGCUGAACACUGCUAACUUGGACGUCAUGGCAGUCGUCCGCCACUUAUUCACGGUGGGCGAGGUUGCACAACUGUGUCCCGCCAAGACAUCCAAACGGAUCAUCCUGAUGGUACAGUCCUUCCUAGUGGACAACACCAAACUGGACGAGCUGCCCAGCAGCCAGGGCACACAGCUGUCUCAGAUCCCUGCCAACCAGGGCACACAGCUGUCUCAGAUCCCUGCCAGCCAGGGCACACAGCUGUCUCAGAUCCCGCUGUCACAGCUACAGGGUCCCGCUGUACCACCUACAAUCAGGGCACAUGCCAUCCUCACCAUCGGAAAGCUGUGUUUACAACACGACGACGUGGCCAAGAAGUGCGUGCCCUUCCUGGCACACGAGCUGGAGACGUCCCCGCACAUCCCCAUCCGCAACAACGUGAUGGUGAUCCUGUGUGACCUCAUCAAGCUGUACUCCACGUACAUCGACCACCACAUCCCUGCCAUCGCCGCGUGCCUGAAGGACGAGAGCCCUCUCAUCCGCAACCAGACCCUCAUCAUGCUCACUCAACUGCUGCAGGAGGACUUCAUGAAGUGGAAGGGCACACUGUUCUUCAGGUUCGUCAGUGUGCUGGUGGACCCAGAUGAAGAUACCCGCAAAAUGGCCGAGUUCUGUCUGGUGCAUCUCUUGUCUGAAAGGCAGCCUGGUAUGUACUUCAACAACUUUGUGCAGUGUGUGUACCACCUGAACUCCUACCAGCACCAUCCCGUCUACAACAAGUUCAGCGAGUCGGAGCGUGAGAGAAAGAUGUUCUCGCUGGCCGGCGAGGCCAACCGGGAGAAGCGCCGGACGAUCUACCGCUUCCUGUUGGAGCACAUGAGCGACGAAAACCGCUUCAACCUCAUCGGGAAGCUCUGUUCCGAGGUGCUGGAGGGUUUUGUGGACAGUGUUCUGCCCCUGAAUGCGGAGACCAGUCAGAUCCUGCAGGACACCCUGGCCAUCCUGUCCUGUAAGGAGAUCAAACUGGCCUCCCUCAAGGCCAACGCUGAGGAAGACGCCCUGAACGAGGGGGACGCAGCAGGGGCGGCCUUCCACAGGGCCACCAACAAGUUCCUCACACAGGUGGUGAAGAAGAACAUGAUAGAGAACAUCGUGCCAAUCAUCAUCGCUCUGAAGCACCAGCUGGAGGCCAAACGCUCGCCACUUCUCCGUAACCUCAUGGUCUACCUCAAGGAGGUCAUGAAAGACUACCGCAAUGAAGUCAAAGAUAUCAUGGCGGCCGAUAAACAGCUGGCGAGUGAGAUUGAGUUUGACCUACGGCGCUUCGACGAGCAGCAGCGGGAACAGGAGGAGGAGCGACAGCGCCUGAAAUCUGCGGCGACUCCCGCCUCUGCAGGAGUUCCCACUCCAUCUGCCCCUGGAAGUGGAGCAGGCGCUCCAGGCACCCCGCCCAGACGUCCUGGUCAGGUUGGAAGUCCCCACGAGCAGGCUGCCCUCCCCCGAACACCAGCUGCUGCCCUGGGCUCCAGACACCUGAACGUGCUGGCAGUCAUCAACUCCGCCAGGAAGAACAUGUCCGCCCGCAGGGCCCAGCGUGCCGGCGAUCAGCCCCAGGGUGGGGAGGCCUCAGAACCUGCUGACCAACCUCAGCAACCUGAUACCCAGCAGCCUUUGCAACUGCCUAACACUGACACCCCACCUGUUACCCAUGAACCUUUGCAGCCACUUAACCUCGAUACCUCACCCACCCCUGCAGGCACCCCCGGCAAACCCUCGUCUCCCAAACCUCCGACCCCCGCCCGCCCCGGGGAGCUCUCCCCCCUCCCUCCCCCUCCACGGCCCCGCACCCCCCUGAGAUCUGUAGGGUUCCUGACCCCUGAGAGGACCAGGCAGCCGUGUCGAGCCAUCAGUACACCAGACAACACCAUACAGGAUAUCACCUUCCAGGUUCCAUUUGACGUCAGCGCCAUUACGCCAAUUGUGCCCAAUGGCACAACUCGCAGGGUCCCGUCCACGUCGGAGCGCAGUCCCAGUCUUAACAUGGCAGCCGACGCAGAGGAGCCCGAGGUGACAGAGAAGAUGGCGGUCAUCUGUCUGAAGCACCCGGAGGCCACAGAAAAACCCGUGGAGUGGAAGGUUGUGACCCCGAACAAGUCGAGACAGCGAACCCGCAGUCGUCCUCAGAGCGGCAGCUCAUCAGAGGCCGAGAACCAGCCGGGGGGUGCCACAAGGAGAAGUGCUCGGACCAGGACACCCAGAACACCCAACAAAUAAGUCUGGUCUAUAUCACUUGGUUACAAGGAUCUCUUUGGAAAUACAUACAGCAUGGAACUAAUAUAACUUGAGUCCAAAUCUGACAUGAAGUUGUGUUCCUUUCUAAAGAAUAAUUCAAGUUUCAUUAUUUUGUGUAGGUACAACAGUGUAUUUUUCGCCAUGAAGAAUUUUUUAUAUCCUUUCUGAGGUAUUUAGUAAAUGACUAUACUUACAUAUGUACUACUUAUACUGUCACUGACUUUUAUUAGAAGUGACUUUAUUAUUGGCUUGAUCUAUUCUUACACUAAAUGUAUUAGAAAAACUGAUAACUUGUAUGGUAACAUUUGCGGGCAUGACUCACAUAAAGGUGAGUUUGUCAAAGUUAAGUAUCACAUUGAAACAUAGAGUGAUGUGUGGUCAACAAAGCUAUGAAACUUGGAAAAAAUCCCAAUGUGUGAACCUAAAUUUAUAUGAGAAUAAACUUUUGAAUUGCA